GUUUACUGUGUGAUUCUGACAGGGGGAGGAGGUGGGAGCUUAGAGGUGCUGGGUGGGAGAUAAGCUCCUAGUUUGGGGUGCUGGGCCAGAGGAGCAGGGUGGGUGCAAGAGACAGAGGUGCAAGAGUAAAGAUGCAUGAGGGGAAGGGAGCAAGACCCUGAGAGCAGCUGAGGGAGCUGGAUCCUUAUGGAGGGAGUUUGGACCCAUUAAAUCCUUUAGGUGGGAGCACAGUCUGUUGGAUCAUCUUGGGGUGGGGGGCAGCAAGAUACCGAAAUAACCCCAACAGUGGGAGCUGGGAGAUCGCUGUGCCACUUGGGACCCCAAGACUUUUCUGCCCACAGGACUGGAACAGACACUGCCCUUUGGGUGGAAACCAAGAGUCCCAGAUAUUUUUGGGUCCAAAACUUCUCUGAGCGAAAGCAGAGACCCCCCCCAGAGCUGCCGUAGGGAGGGCUGCACCCCAUGUCUGCCAGGAAAGGUGCCCACCAUGACUAAGUGCAUAGUGAAAGAGUGCAAGAAUACUACCCAGAAGAACAGCGGAGUUACCCUGCACGGCUUCCCCAACUCCCUCAAUGCCAUUAAAGUGUGGCUCAUCCAGACGGGCAAUGACUUUGGCGACCUGGAUGCUUUUGCCCAGCGAGUGUUAGAGUCCCGGAGCAGGUGGCUCUACCGAAUGUGCUCCAAACAUUUCUCGCCUCAGAGUUACAUCUGGAGCGGCAAGAAACUGGUUCUGAAGCCGGACGCCGUGCCCACCAUCUUCCCAGGCAAAGUCAAGAAUAGGUACGUCACGGAGAACCUCAGGGGCCUUCCUCCGUCCAAGAGAGCCCAGGUGGAAAUGCAGUUCCAGCUCCACUCUAUCAUUAAGCAACAUGGUGGCUACCACCCGACGUCUUUAUAUGUCCCCCCAAGUUCCGAUCCGCCCCAUGUAACCCGGGAGCAAGCCCAAUAUAAACCAGGCGCAAAGACCACUUCAACCGCCACCACCAAAGUCAUGGUGGACAAGUCGACCAAUACUGAUCCGAUGUUUGGGAAGGCCGACAAAGGCGUGCUGUGGCCUGAGUUUGAGUACAAUUUUGACGGGGAAGCGUGGAAAAUAAAGCACGAUCAUUUCUACCCUUACAAUCGCUCCAGUUUGCGGGACUCCAUCAAGAAUGCCGCCGCCGAGGCAGAGACCGAGCAGGACUUCUGGUACACGAACGAUUAUGAAACGGAUAAGAACUCCCGGCACUACCACUGUCGCUAUCCAGUAGGUGUGAGGCCGUACGUAUCCAUGGAGAAAGACUCUAUGGGUGAUGGCGCGGUUCCUAUCAAAAUGGGGGAUGUGGCAGUUUAUUUCUCAAGGCAGGAGUGGGAGUACAUAGGCCAGCACCGAGAGCGCUACAAGGAUAUGUUGCCCGAAGUGGAACAACCCUUCAGCAAAUCCCGCCUCCCGAGAAGCAGUGGAGCAGAUAAUCUCAAAGAAACCUUUGCAGCUAAAAAAGUUAAUUUGAUUUCCCCUCUGAAUCCCAAUGUGGUCUCUACACCAGAUCAUUCCAAACAAGACAUGAAUUCGAAUUCACUUUCCCGUGCCCUGGACUCACCAGAAGGGAGAUUUACAGAAGGAAUGCUGAUUAGGGAAGAUGGAUUGUAUUCCUCUGUGUCCCGUGAUGCCCCCUCUCUCACAGGUGUUAUUAAAGAAGAAGCGGAAGAAGUUUCUAUUACGGACGAGUGUUUGAGUGCCGCUGAGAUUUCAGCCUUGGGUUAUCUCUCAGAUGAUUUAGAAGAUGAUGCAUUGGAAGAAGUGGAUUAUCCCAUGCCAGCUAUGGCCUCCCCCAUAGGUAGCAUUAAAGAAGAAAUUGAAGAAAUUACUGUCACGGAUAGUCAUCUAAAUACUUCCCAGGAUCCAAAUACAGAUUCAUCAGAUAAGCUCCAUUCCAGUAGUAGCUGGUUCAACAAAUUCUCCAAACCAACCGGUUUAGACGAGGAGGCUGCCAGUGCUUCAUGCUGGGCAGGGAAAGACCCAUCUAGUGAGUACCCUCUGGCCACCUAUAAAAUUGGCCCUACAGAUCCUUUUCGUUUUUCCAAUAAGUCAGUGAUUAUAAAGAAAAGGGUGGUUAGCUCCAAUAAUGGAGAGUCCAGUUGGAAGCAGGACAAUGGAAACACAUCAGGUAGCAAUGGGCAAAGCAAAGAGCGGCCGCAUAGGUGCCGAACGUGUAACGAAUGCUUUCCCGAAAAAAACCAGCUGGCCGUCCAUCGGAGAAAACACAUUGCCAAGUCACUGCGGUGCGGCGCCUGCGGGAAGGCGUUCAGGUUCCAGUCUCAGCUUAUCAAACACCAGAAAACCCAUAAAGAGGAGAACAUCUACACCUGCCCCAUUUGCGGAGUCCAGUAUGAGCAGAAAGUCCAGUUUGCAGCGCACAUGAGGGUCCACCCCGGGGAGAAACCGUAUAUGUGCGACGAGUGCGGCAGCUGCUUUGUACAAAAGGGCUCCCUCGUUUUACACCAGAAGAAACACAAAGGGUUGGAUGUUUAUAAGUGCAAACUGUGUGGGAACAGAUUCGAUAAAAGAUCGAAGCUGAAAAACCACCUAAAAUUCCACAGACUGGAAAAAACGCCCAUUUUUAGUUGAUGUGAAGGAUUCUAGGUUUUUUAUUCAUUGAUUAAUGAACUGAGACUCAUGAACAGUUUGACUCACAGGGCCUAAGCCUGUUGUAUUGAACAGAAGCCCUU